UCCUCUGUUGAGCCGGGUCCCCCCCUUCUGCAGCUCCCGGUCCCCCCUCCCUCCUCCUGUCAAUCACAGCUGCCUUUGAACUGGAUUUCUUCCAGUCGUAACUUCCACUGACUGAAUCCGGGCGAGUGCUGCUCUAUCCCGGCGCUCCUGCACUGCCGGCUCGGGGGGCUGCCCCGUCUCUUUUUGGGGGGAUCUGUGCGGCUUCUUCCUCUUCUGCUUCUUUGCCGAUUCUUUUAUUUGUGGAAAGAGAAGAAGGGGGAGGGGGGCAGAGGACUCCGGAGCCGAGACUCCCCCACCCCCAGCUCCACAAAGACAGGGACCCAGCUUUCCCCGGGCCCCCCGCCUCCCCCUCCCUCCAGCAGCAGCAGCGGCGGCGGCGGCGGCAGCACAGAGUCCGGGGCGGAGGAGGAAGCAGCAGAAACUUUUUUUGGGGGGCGCAGAGUCUCCAGCCGCCGCCUCUUCUUCUUCUCGUGGUCGCAGCUGCCUCAGAGCGGGAAUCAUGCCGCAGCUGAACGGCGGAGGAGGGGACGAUCUGGGGGCCAACGACGAGAUGAUCUCCUUCAAAGACGAAGGGGAACAGGAGGAGAAGAUCUCCGACAACUCCUCGGCCGAGAGAGAUCUGGCCGAUGUCAAGUCCUCGCUGGUCAACGAGACCGAGACCCAUCAGAACAGCUCGUCCGACUCCGAGGCGGAGCGGCGGCCUGCACCCAGACCUGAGUCCUUCCGGGACAAGAGCCGGGACAGCCUGGAGGAAGCCGGGAAGAGGCAGGACGGGGGAGGAGGAGGCCUGUUCAAGAGCCCGGCAUACCCCGGGUACCCCUUCAUCAUGAUCCCGGACCUGAGCAGCCCCUACCUGCCCAACGGCUCCCUGUCCCCCACCGCCCGCACGUGCUUGAAUGUACCUGUAGACCUGCAUCUAGCUUCUUGUUGCAGCCCUUUGAUGCAGUAUUUGCAGAUGAAAUGGCCCCUCUUGGAUGUGCAGAGUCGACAAGCAAUGAAGGACGCCAGGUCCCCAUCUCCAGGUCACAUCUCUAAUAAAGUGCCAGUAGUACAACACCCUCAUCAUGUCCACCCUCUCACACCGCUUAUCACCUACAGUAAUGAGCACUUUACACCUGGGAACCCCCCACCACACUUACAGGCAGAUGUGGACCCCAAAACAGGAAUCCCUCGGCCUCCACACCCUCCAGAUAUAUCACCAUAUUACCCUUUAUCUCCGGGCUCCGUAGGACAGAUCCCCCAUCCGCUAGGAUGGUUAGUACCACAGCAAGGUCAGCCGGUGUACCCAAUCACAACAGGGGGCUUCCGACAUCCCUACCCCACAGCUCUUACAGUCAAUGCUUCCAUGUCAAGCUUUCUAUCGUCCAGAUUCCCCCCACACAUGGUACCGCCACAUCACAGUUUACACACAACUGGAAUCCCUCAUCCCGCCAUAGUGAACCCGACCGUCAAACAAGAAUCUUCCCAGAGUGACGUGGGAUCCAUGCAUAGCUCAAAACAUCAGGAUUCCAAAAAGGAAGAAGAAAAGAAGAAACCUCAUAUAAAAAAGCCUCUUAAUGCAUUUAUGUUGUAUAUGAAGGAAAUGCGAGCAAAAGUGGUCGCAGAAUGCACAUUAAAAGAGAGCGCCGCCAUCAACCAGAUCCUGGGCCGGAGGUGGCAUGCAUUAUCGAGAGAGGAACAAGCAAAAUACUACGAGCUGGCACGGAAGGAACGGCAGCUGCACAUGCAGCUCUACCCCGGCUGGUCGGCAAGGGAUAACUAUGUAGGUUCCUAUGGGAAAAAGAAGAAGAGGAAAAGAGACAAGCAGCCAGGAGAAAGUAACGAACACAACGAAUGUUACCUAAACCCUUGCCUUUCACUUCCUCCGAUUACAGACCUCAGCGCCCCUAAGAAAUGCCGAGCGCGCUUUGGCCUUGAUCAGCAGAAUAACUGGUGCGGUCCUUGCAGGAGAAAAAAAAAGUGCAUUCGCUACAUACAAGGUGAAGGCAGCUGCGUCAGCCCGCCCUCUUCAGACGGAAGCUUACUAGACUCUCCUCCUUCUUCUCCCACCAUGCUAGACACCCCUCCAAGAGACUCCACACCACAAACUGAACAAACACAACCUCUAUCUUUAUCGUUGAAGCCUGACCCUCUGGCCCGGCUGUGCAUGCCACAGUCACCUCUGACAGAAAGUCCUGUGCGAAAGUCCAACAAUCUGCCGGCUACAAUUUGUCAGAAUGGAACAGAUCACAGUCACCAACCCAACCCAUUACAGUCUUCAGCUCCUUACUCCUUAUCGCUAACACAGCCGUCAACCUCCUUUCUACCUUCUCAUCGGUCCUUGGCUGGAACUCAACUUCAGCCCCUUUCACUUGUCACCAAGUCACUAGAGUAGUUGCCCCCCAACACUGACGCCUCAUCCUUUUUAAAAUAUCAUUUUUUUUUUUUUCUCGUUUUCGAUGAUUUAUUUUUUUGUAUUUUUUAAUUUGUGCCAAGUGGCUACUUUUAGUAGAUGUUUUAAUGAAGUUCAUUGGUCAAUAUUUGACCUGUCUUUUUAUCUCUUUCCGCCUUUCUGAUUUGACUGAGCAGAGAUCUCCUACGAGCCUCGAGGUCUUGCCAGAAAAAUUUGUGUCAUCGACGCCAAGUAAAUAAAAAAUAAAAAAACAACGAAAAAGUCUUUUUAGCAUCGGAAGAAGGGGGAAAUUAUAUAAAUAUAUAUAUAUAAAUAUAUGAAAAUAAUAAAAAAUGCAUAACUGUCGUAGUUCUGAUAGGUUCCUUUGAAAAAGACUGAUUUAAAGAAGAAUUAAAAAAAACAAAAAAAAACAAAAAUAGGCAAUUUUGAAGCAGCCCGCGCGAAAUGGAGUUGGUUCUUAAUUAUUUGUAUUAAAUACGAGCUUGCGAACCAAUCGUUUUACAUCCAGUUUUUACCCUACAGGGCACCAUGAAUGCAGCGCCCUAUUGUGAAACAACGUUUAUUGUGAUGUUAUGUUGUUAUUGUUAAAAUGUACAGAAACACAAAGGUGAAAAGAUGAACAAAUGUGUUAAUAUGCCUUGUUCCAUGGUGGUGAUCGCUCUCUCUCUCUCUCUCUCUCUCUCUCCCUCUCUCUCUCUCUCUUUCUCUCUCUCUCUCUCUCUCACUUUUUCUCUUUCUCUAUUUCUCUGUCUCUCUAUCUCUUUCUCUCUCUUUCUCUGUCUUUCUCUUCCUCUCUUUUUCUCUGUCCCUUUUUUUUCUCUCUCUCUCUCUCUCUCGCCCUUUCUCUCUUUCACUCUUUCACUCUCUAGCUCUUUCUCUCCCUCGCUUUCUCCCCCCUCUCUCUUUCUUUCUUUCUUUCUCUCUCUCUUUCUCUCAAUUGUUUUUGGAAUUUUUUUUACAUUUAUUUUUGCUAUUUAUUUGUUAUUAUUUUUUAAUUUUCCUUCGGGCGGGAGGGGAAAGGGAUACUACUUGGAAAUUUUCAGGUGGGUGUGUUAACUAUUUCUCAGAGCCAUUGGACCAGUAAGUAGUAUUUAUUGCCUAGGAAUUUGCUUGUGUCCUAUCUGUUGUCUCUUAUUUUCGCCCCAAAAACUGUCUGUCUCCCAAUUUCCCCCCUCCAUGCAUUGUAUAAAGUUUUCUUUUCUCGUGUAAGCAUCUUAUAUAUAAAUAUAUAUAUAUAUAUCAUUUGUACAAGGUUUUUAAGUUUAUAUAUAAAUUUAUAUAUAUAUAUAUUAUUUUUUUUUUUAGUUUUUUUUUGUUUUUUUUUCUGUUUUGUUUUGUUUAUUUGCUGUAUGAAACUCAGUUGCCACCAAAUGGACAUUUGUAGCUGCAUUUAAAGGAUCAAUAUUGUACAAAAAAAAUAAAAACAAAAAAGACACAAUUGCUAUGAAAAGCCAUUAAAAGAAGACUUGAAAUUAACAAGGGAACGAACCCUUCCGCUGUUUUUGAUAACAGCGUCUUGUAAAUUUUACUUUAAGGAACAGGAGACCAGCCUGCGCCAAUAGGACUGUAGACAAAUUGAUGUGCCAAAAUUCCCAGUGAUUUCUCCCCCCCCCCCCCCUUGUUUUUGAUGCUGUAUUUUUGUUACUCAUGUUCUGAUGUGAUGUUACAUAGGUAGCUUUGUAUGUAGUUUCUGUCAUCUUUAACAGGUAUAUUUGGUAGGAGGGUGACUGGGCAGCAUUGAAAAACAAUGAGGUACAAAAAAAAAAAAGAGAAUACCCCCCCCACGGGCCAAAAUCCUGUAUAUUAGAUUACUCACGAGAAAAAAAAAAAAGACUGCCAAUUCUAUGCUUGCUUGCCACGUAUAGGUAUGUAGCAGGCAACUAAAAGGACAAAAAAAUAACGGGCAUGUUGAUGUUGAAAAAAAAAGUUAAAAAAAAAAAGCAAAAAACGAAAAAAAAAAUAAUUUUAACAAAAAACUGAGAAACUCUUCAUCCGUUCAUUGAGUGCCAUUGUAUUUGACAUGACGCAAUUGUAGAUCUGUCUCUGGUUUCCUCUGGUUUAUUCUGAUGCUAAUAACUAUAACAUAUUUUUUGUGAAUACUUUGAAUGUUUCCUUACGGCUGUGAUGUUACCGUUCAGUUCUAUGCUCUUAUUCCGAUUUAAUUUCAAAAUGGUAUUUAAAAAAAAAAAUAAAAAAAAAAAAACAUGCAAAAAUUUUUUUUGUAAUGAAUACAUGUUCAUGCUGUACAGUAUCUGUAGCAUGCAGUUCUGGAUUAAUAAAAGCAACUUAGUAUGUG